GAUCAUAUGAGAGUCCAGUCCACGCGUCGAAAAGUAGGUUAGCAGGGUAGACAGAGUGAAAGGCAGUCCGAACGAAAAAGGGGAGGUAGAGUAUUUGGGACCUUGCUUGCAAGCUAAACCACCGUGGGAGAGUUUUGUAAAAAGUUACCGAAAUAGUGCAUCGAGACAAACAGGACACAAUUCAACUUGAACAGUCGAUUUGCUUUGUAUUUGAUUCACCAUUGCAAGACUUUGUCGAACGAUAAGGAAACACUCGCGGAUUUUUGCCUUGUUUAAUAUAUAUAUAUAUAUAUAAAAAAAAAAUCUAGUUCGUCAGGCCAAAUACGUUUUAUUUUACGUGCCAGCAAAUGCUUGUCUUUCAACAGUUGGACAUAUAUUUUUAUUCUGUUACACACCACAUGAAGUCCAAUUCAUUGAUCCAGAAACGAUAAUAUUCAACAUGAGAGCUCAAAUAGAAGUAAUACCCUGCAAGAUCUGUGGGGACAAGUCCUCAGGAAUCCACUAUGGAGUUAUUACAUGUGAGGGCUGCAAGGGGUUCUUCCGCCGCAGCCAGCAGAACAAUGCCAUGUACUCGUGUUCCCGCCAGAGGAACUGUCUUAUUGACCGAACCAGCCGCAACCGCUGCCAACACUGCAGACUGCAGAAGUGUCUGGUGUUAGGCAUGAGCCGGGAUGCGGUGAAGUUUGGCCGUAUGUCUAAGAAGCAGCGCGACAGCCUGUACGCUGAGGUCCAGAAGCACCAGAAGAACCAGGAGUGUCUGAACCAGGGUCUGCCACUGUCCAGGGAAGAUGUGGCUGGGGGAGAAAGCAAGGGGGACAGGCACGGGGAGCUCAGUCGCUCCUACAGCAGCGGGGGCUCCAGCUCCACCCUGAGUGACCUGGAUGACAUCGCAGCGCUCCCCAAACUGUUUGACCUCCCCUUGACCCCACAGGAGGCCCACGAGUACUGCAGCCUGGACCUGCAAGAAGACCACGGCGGAAGCACUGGGAACACCUCCAAUUCUUCAUCACCAUCAUCAUCCUCGUCCAUUUCGUCCAAUCAGAAUUCUCCCCAGCAAAAUCUACUGGAUGUCACCGACGCCAAUGGGAUCAAACACGAGUACCAGAUGUUGUCGCACACACACGUGCUCCUGGCACACACACACGCCACACUGCUAGAGACACUGCCUGAUGACUGCACUCUUAUGGAUAUAGAGCGUAUCACCCAGAGUGUGGUCAAGUCCCACUUGGAGACGAGUCAGUACAGCUCUGACGAACUGAAGAGGCUGACAUACAAUCGGAUGCAGUACUCACCUGAGGAGACUCGCAACUUCCAGUGCGAGUCUGCAGAGUCUGUGUGGCAGCAAUGUGCCCACCACAUCACCAAUUCCAUCCAGUACGUGGUGGAGUUUGCCAAACGCAUUACAGGCUUCAUGGACCUGUGUCAGAAUGACCAGAUCAUUCUGCUCAAAGCAGGCUGUCUGGAGGUGCUGUUGAUUAGGAUGUGCAGGGCAUUUAACGCCACCACCAACACCAUGUUCUUUAAUGGCAAAUUUGCCUCUGCUCAGCUCUUCAAAGCCCUCGGUUGCGAUGACCUGGUCAGUGCCGUGUUUGACCUGGCUAAAGGGCUCUCCCGCCUGCAGCUGACCGAUGAGGAGAUGGCUCUGUUCAGUGCCGCUUGCUUACUGUCCCCAGACCGACCAUGGUUAGCCGACAGCCAGAAGGUCCAGAAGCUACAGGCGAAGGUCUACCUGGCUCUGCAACACAGUCUGCACACGAGCGGGGCUGCAGACGAGAAGCUAGACCAGAUGGUAUCCAAGCUGCCGAUAAUGAAGUCCAUCUGUAAUCUCCACAUCGACAAGCUGGAGUUCUUUCGUCUGGUCCACCCCGAGACCGCAUACAGCUUCCCACCACUCUACCGGGAAGUGUUCGGGAGUGAGAUUUCUCUCCCCGACUCUACAAACAACUCCUAGAGAGAACGAUGGAGUGAAUGUGUUAGAGAGAAAUAAGUAUGGAGGUAGGGAAGUGAAAGGAGAGAAUGAAUAAGUGAGGGAUAUAAAUAGUGACCUCAGAAAUAACCAGCUGUUAACGAGACAAUCCAGGACUUAAAAUACUCAGUCUCCUAGCAUCCUGUUGUGUUAGUCCACCACUAUCCCAGCAGGCCAUACAUCUUACACUACAGACUUCACCUUCAUGGUCCUUUUGUACGUAGCACUUUGGACAAACUAAUGGGCGAUAUGUAUAUUCUACAGUAUGCACAUAGAUCAUUUAGCAUUAGAACAUAUUUUUUCAAUGCUUACCCAACCCUGUCAUGAAUGUACCUCACUGACAAGCACCAAUGCACCAGCUAGAGCCCCACACUAAAUGUAAAUACUAACACCCUGCUUCAGUUCGACUGUUCAAUUUAGAAUUGUUGUAAUUCUUUGGUUCUACUCAACAUACCCAGGGUUCAUUCAUUUGUAGUCCCACAGACACUUCUUGGCGGUACCAUAUACAAUUGAAGUCGGAAGUUUAUAUACACUUAGGUUGGAGUCAUUAAAACUCGUUUUUCAACCACUCCACAAAAUACUUGAAAACAAACUAUAGUUUUGGCAAGUCGGUUAGGACAUCUACUUUGUGCAUGACACAAGUCAUUUUUCCAACAAUUGUUUACAGACAGAUUAUUUCACUGUAUCACAAUUCCAGUGGGUCAGAAGUUUACAUACACUAUACUAUGUUGACUGUGCCUUUAAACAGCUUGGAAAAUUCCAGAAAAUGAUGUCAUGGCUUUACAAGCUUCGGAUAGGCUAAUUGACAUCAUUUGAGUCAAUUGGAGGUGUACCUGUGGAUGUAUUUAAAGGCCUACCUUCAAACUCAGUGCCUCUUUGCUUGACAUCAUGGGAAAAUCAAAAGAAAUCAGCCAAGACUUCAAAAAAACAAACUGUGGACCUCCAGAAGUCUGGUUCAUUUUUGGAAUCAAUUUCCAAACGCCUGAAGGUACCAUGUUCAUCUGUACAAACAAUAGUAUGCAAGUAUAAACACCAUGGGACCAUGCAGCCAUCAUACUGUUCAGGAAGGAGACACGGUCUGUCUCCUAGAGAUGAACGUACUUUGGUGUGAAAAGUGCAAAUCAAUCCCAGAACAACAGCAAAGGACCUUGUGAAGAUGCUGGAGGAAACGGGUACAAAAGUGUCUAUAUCAACAGUAAAAUGAGUCCUAUAUCGACAUAACCUGAAAGGCUGCUCAGCAAGGAAGAAGCCACUGCUCCAAAACUGCCAUAAAAAAAGCCAGACUACGGUUUGUAACUGCACAUUGAGACAAUGGUCUGAUGAAACAAAAAAAGAACGGUUUGGCCAUAAUGACCAUCGUUAUGUUUGGAGGAAAAGGGGGGAGGCUUGCAAGCCGAAGAACACCAUCCCAAACGUGAAGCACUGGGGUGGCAGCAUCAUGUUAUGGGGGUGCUUUGCUGCAGGAGGGACUGGUGCACUUCACAAAAUAGAUGGCAUCAUGAGGCAAGAAAAAUAUGUGUAUAUAUUGAAGAAACAUAAUAAUAAUAAUAUAAUAAUAUGCCAUUUAGCAGACGCUUUUAUCCAACUGAGCUACAGACAUCAGUCUUGAAGUUAAAGCUUGGUUGCAAAUGGGUCUUCCAAAUGGACAAUGACCCCAAGCAUAGUUGUGGCAAAAUGGCUAAGGACAACAAAGUCAAGGUAUUGGAGUGGCCAUCACAAAGCCCUGACUUCAAUCCUAUAGAAAAUGUGUAGGCAGAACUGAAAGUGUGUGUGAGCAAGGAGGCCUACAAACCUGACUCGGUUACACCAGCUCUGUCAGGAGGAAUGGGCCAAAGUUCAUCCGACUUAUUGUGUGAAGCUUGUGGAAGGCUACUCAAAAUGCUUGACCCAAGUUAAACAAUUUAAAGGCAAUGCUACCAAAUACUAAUUGAACGCAUGUAAACUUCUGACCCCCUGGGAAUGUGAUGAAAGAAAUAAAAGCUGAAAUAAAUCAUUCUCUCAUCUAUUAUUCUGACAUUUCACAUUCUUAAAAUAAAGUGGUGAUCCUAACUGACCUAAGACAGGGAAUUUUUACUAGGAUUAAAUGUCAGGAAUUGUGAAAAACUGAGUAUAAAUGUAUUUGGCUAAGGUGUAUAUAAACUUCUGACUUCAACUGCAUGUCGGCUACAUAUACAGUACCAGUCAAAAGUUUGGACACACCUACUCAUUCAAGGUUAUCUUUAUUUGUACUAUUUUCUACAUUCUAAAAUAAUAGUGAAGACAUCAAAACUAUGGAAUAACACAUGGAAUCCAUGUAGUAACCAAAAAGGGGUUAAACAAAUCAAAAUAUAUUUUAGAUUCUUCAAAGUAGAUGACAGCUUUGCACACUCUUGGAAUUAUCUCAACCAGCUUCAUGAGGUAGUCACCUGGAAUGCAUUUCAACUAACAGUUGUGCCUUCUUAAAAGUUAAUUUGUGGAAUUUCCUUCCUUAAUGCGUUUGAGCCAAUCAGUUGUGUUGUGAGAAGGUAGGGUUGGUAUAUAGAAGAUAGCCCAGUUUGGUAAAAGACCAAGUCCAUAUUCUGGCAAGAACAGCUCAAAUAAGCAAAGAGAAAUGACAGUCCAUCAUUACUUUAAGACAUAAUGGUCACUCAAUAUGGAACAUUUCAAGAACUUUGAAUGUUUCUUCAAGUGCUGUUGCAAAAACCAUCAGGCGCUAUGAUGAAACUGGCUCUCAGGCUACGUGAAUCAGGUCUUCAUGGUGGAAUUGCUGCAAAGAAACCACCACUAAAGGACAUGAAUAAGAAGAGUCUUGCUUGGACCAAGAAACAUGAGCAAUGGACAUUCGACUGGUGGAAAUCUGUCCUUUGGUAGGAUGAGUACAAAUUAGAUUUUUUGUUCCAACCAUUGUGUCUUUGACGCAGAGUAGGUGAAUGGAUGAUUUCUGCAUGCGUGGUUCUCACUGUGAAGCAUGGAGGAGGACGUGUGAUGGUGUCAAGGUGCUUUGCUGGUGACACUGUCAGUGAUUUAUUUAGAUUUCAAGGCACUCUUAACCAGCAUGGCUACCAGAGCAUUCUGCAGCGAUACGCCAUCCCAUCUGGGUUGCGCUUAGUGGGACUAUCAUUUAUUUUUCAACAGGACAAUUACCCAACACACCUCCAGGCUGUGUAAGGGCUAUUUGACUAAGGAGAGUGAUGGAGUGCUGCAUCAGAUGACCUGGCCUCCACAAUCACCGACCUCAACCAAAUUGAGAUGGUUUGGGAUAAGUUGGACCGCAGAGUGAAGGAAAAGCAGCCAACAAGUUCAGCAUAUGUGGGAACUCCUUAAAGAUUGUUGGAAAAGCAUUCCUCAUGAAGCUGAUUGAGAGAAUGCCAAUAGUGUGCAAAGCUGUCAUCAAGGCAAAGGGUGGCGACUUUGAAGAAUCUAAAAUAUAUUUUGAUUUGUUUAACACUUAUUUGGUUACUACAUGAUUCCAUAUGUGUUAUUUCAUAGUUUUGAUGUCUUCACUAUUAUUCUACAAUGUAGAAAAUAGUAAAAAAAAUAAAGAACCCUUAAAUGAGUAGGUGUCCAAACUUUUGACUGGUACUGUAUCUUGUGCAGGUAUGUACUCACCAAUUUUCACCAAGGGACCAAUUUUAUGAUUCAGUUAUUUAUCUGUUAAAUAUAAGAAGAUAUAAACCAGUAUGACAUGCCACACUACUUGGUGCUGAUCAUUGUCUGCCAGUAGGUUAAUAACAAACUCACAGAAUGGUUACACACACAUAGACAUAGGCACUUGUUCUGACAGUGUUUGGUGCUGCCCUUUGUAGGCUUUUAAAAUGCAAUGAGAAACCUCAGUCCCACACCCCCUUCCCUUGUUAAUGCCACUUAGAGACAAGAAAAUAAAUGAUCUUUUAAUUUAUAUACAAAUUUAUAAUUGAAUAUUUUAAUUAAGAAUGUAUAUAGAUAAAUGUGUAUGUGUGUGUGUGUGUGCGUAUUUAGAGAGCAUGGGGGUAUGAGAGGGAGAGAGGGAGAUGAGCAGAGAGAAAGAAAAAGAAAUGGACUUGAGUGAUCUCAAAAAAAGCACUCUUAGAAAAUUAUUUUUUUCCUGGACUGUUUUCCUCUCACUGGUUUCCACGGCAACACCCACCCCCAUUGCAACCCAAUGGGGUUAUGUACUGUAUGUCAUGUGACCAAUGGGGAGGAGGCAGAACACUCUUUGCCUAGUGGAUACUCCCAGGGUAGGCAGUCCAAUCACACAAAGGCAAAGGAGGAGACACGUUCUUGGGCCAGUAUCUGAACUGUACAGACUAUGGCCCAACAUUGUCAAUGACCCAAUAUUGAUGGAAACGUUGGACCCUUGCCUCAGGAGACCGCUGAAAUAAGUUGAGAAGAGUUUCUCUGUGAGAGUACCUAACCAGUAACAGCCAGCCAAUAAGAAUAGGCUCCCCUUCACUCAUUGCUUUUCUUUGGGCUACAAUUAAGUUUGUAUGUAUCAUAAGCUUUCUUUGCUGGUUGGAUCAACUGUAUUAUUUUUGUACAUUGAUGUUCCUGUGUCCUCCACUCACUGUAUGUCAAAGAUAUCUCCUAUACACUGUCCCACUGGGUGGGCACAAGUCUAAUGAUGGACUGAGCUACCAGCUACCCCGGAGUUAAGCUUUGAUGUUAAUUAGGUUUAUGAUUCAGACAGAGCAUCGCUUACCCCUUUGAAGAGUAUGGACAGACAGCGUAUCCUGAUUCUAAUUCAGUCCUUAUUGAACUGUAAUGUUCUGGGACAGAAUAUUGAGAAUAGGGUUCAGAGUGACUAUUUUGAGUGACUCAGGGAGCUAGCUGAGUUCAGUCUGGGUCCUCUCACUAGUGUUUUCUACUAGCCUUGUAUUCUUCUCACCUUGCACCUAAGACAAGACCCAUAACCUUGAUCAUUGUGUACGUAAGCUCUAUUUUGGUGAAUGGUACUCAGUGUCAAAUAUCUUAACACAAUCUGAAUUUUAAAAGGCAGAAUCAAGAAAAUACAAAUAGAAUUUAAAAAAUAUUUUGUUCUUGUGAUUUAAUGUUACCUUGGUUGUGAUUUUUAUUUCUCUGUUGAUCUUUGAUUUUUUUUCACGUCAUAGCUGACAAAAAGUGAUCUAUUUUUUUAAGAACACAGGGAAAUUCAAUUUAAAAAAAAUCAAUAACAUUUCUGUCUUCCCCCCAAAAUGUACAAGAGGUAUUUUGUUAGUUAAAGAGUAAACGAGUCAGUCAGCUCAAUAUAUAUUGUACAUUGGGUUACAUUACAUGUGCUUUAAAGAAUGUAAUAAAAGUAUUUCUUUUGAAUCA